AAGGACAUUUUUGCAAUGGAAGCGAGCACGCAUAGUUCCAGUGGCUUCUCGUCGGUUCACCCAUUAAAAAAAGACAUCAAAAAUCCCCACCGAGCAGCUUCUGUGGACCUUAUCCACAUCGCCAUUCCUUUCUGGCAGCACCACUUCUCCUUUGCCUUCUCUCUAUCCAUCCAGCGGCUCUGCUCUCCUUCCUCUCUCUCUCUCUCUCCGUGCUGCAGCCACACACACGCCCACGGCCCGGCAUUCACCUCUCUCUUCUUCCUCCACAACGAACCAAGCACCACUCUCUGCUGGACCGUGGCGCCAGAAUCGAGCACGGGUGCGCGCGGCUGUCUCACCCGUGGCCGGUGGCUGCUUCACAUUCGUCGACAGAUUGUGACGUUGCUGCUGCUCGUAUGGGCUCCCGGUGGCCGGGCCAGCACGUGCCGGGGCUGGCUGGGCUCCCAGCAGCCGGCCUCCCCGCCUCCUCCAACAUCGCCUGGAGAGGAGCUCAUCUGUGCUUCCGAGCCGCCUCCUCGAGCAGGCCAGCCAGAGGGAAGGGAGUCGCCACAUGGAACACAACUGGAACGCCCCGCCUUGGAGCUCGCUGCCUCCGGCAACCUCUCUGUCGGCCUCGUGCUCCAACGUCUCGAGCACCCCCUCCUGGCCGUCGUCCAUCUCUUGGCGGUGCCUGUUAGGCAGGCGUUGAUGCUUAUCCUCGGCUCUCUCUUUGUCAGCUGUCUCCUUCAGGCCGAGGAGGAUGAAUGGGGCUCUCACAGCUGGGCCGCUGCGGCCGCGUUGACUGAGGGCGAGCGCGCGCGUCCGGCGCAUAUGGCCCCGCCUCCGCGCCUCCGCUCCUGCUCCUCCUCUCGCCCGGGCAGCGUCCCGCACGCGCCCUUCAUGUGCUCCCCGCCGUCGUCCUGCGCCCGAUCGGAUCGGGAGCGCCGCAGCUCGAUCUGCACUCGAUGUACAGCCCAAAAAGAUCUCGAACCGUUUUUUCUUUAACUCAUCGAGGACUGCGGGUUGAAUAGCCAAAAUAAUAGGGGUUUUUCUGCAAAAAUUCUGACGUACGACCAGAAGCACUCGGUGCUUUAUCUUUAUCUUUACCUACUAAUAAAGCGGCUAUCGCUUCUGGUCGUCCGUCAUUAAAAUUACCCUCUAAGUUAGUAAAAAUUACCCACCUAUGCCACCCGUAAGUAGAAAAACGAUUCGUUUUUUUUUUCUUAACCCGCCACCGAUAGAGCUUGGUUCAUGUAAGGAAAUUCCCUUGCAAAACACAACCGAACAAACCAGCCUACUGGCCUAGGUGCUUCUCCACAAUCCAGGAGACCUUGGUUCGAAACUUGGUCAUCCCCAUUUUUGCACCCUUUUUUUCGCGAAUUUCAAUUGCCGUAGUAUAGAGCUACCUCGCCAAGUGUAGCUUAACAGUGUGUCUACACAGUACAAUACGGCCAAAAUAUUCUCUUUUAACUUUUUUUUUGCAGAUUCAAGUAUUUUUUAAAAUAUUCAUAUCUUUCAAACUCCAACUUUAAAUUUAGCAUGCUAAAUAUGAAAAUCGCCCAGAAAAUUUUGUACAUUCUAAAUAUAAUGUUAUCUUCCAUGUUAAUUAUUUUUAAAAUUAUUUUUAUGUUGCACCCUUAAUUAGUACUUUCAUUUUUCUAUUAAAGACAUGGAUGUUUCUUACUCCUUUUUUGUAUAUGUUGCUUAUUACCAGAUUUUCAUCCAUCAUUUGGUUCGUCCAUUUGCACAUAAAAUAAAAAAUGUUCACAAUUUUAAAAAAUGUUUGCAAGUAUAAAAUGUUCAUGAAUUCAAAAAAUAUUCUUGAUUUUGGAAAAUGUUAAAAACUGUGAAAAAGUGUUCACAAUUUUAAAAAUGUUCAUGAUUUCAAAUAUGUGCACGAGUUUUAAAAAUGAUCAUGAUUUUAAAAAUUGUUCAUGGUUCCACGAAAUUGAGAGUGAUAGUGUAUCUCGAUGAUGCAACAAAGUGUGGCCAUGGCCAUUGAAGAUUAUGAAAAAAAUCUCCCGUUGCAACGCACGGGCUUUUUUGCUAGUUAGUAUAUAUAUAUAUAUAUAUAUAUAUAUAUAUAUAUAUAUAUAUAUAUAUAGGGAAAGAUAGUAGUUACAAUUAAAAUUAAAUAGGAUCACCGCAGCAAAAGCAUCAUAUAGAAGGUCUCGUGCGUUGGAUUUUUUUAAGGGAAAGGUCUCGUGUGUGUUUUUUUCUUUUGAGAAGAAAGGUCUCGUGCGUUUUUUUUUCUUUUGAGCGACAGUUCUCGUGCGUAGGUGCGCUUGCUCGGGCACCCCUAUGUCUCGCUUUAAGCGAGCACAGGGGGAAGCCUCGCGUCGAGGGGAGCCCAGAUGUGCCGGCCCAGCCGUGCGGGAGGCCACGGCCUGUUAAUUUUGUUCAGUUUUCUGUUCUCGUUUUUUGCUUUUAUUUUUGUAUUUUUAUUUAUACUUUAAAAUAUUCUACACAUAUAUAUGCAAGUAUUUGAAAAAUAUUGAAUAGUAUUAAAAAAAUGUUGAACAAGUAUUUGACAAAUGUCAAAUAAGUAUGAAAAAUUGUUGAACGAGUAUUUGAAAAAUGUUGAACAAGUAUUUUAAAAUUUUGAAUAAAUAUUAAAAAUGUUGAAAAAGUAUUUGACAAAUGUCUAAUAAAUAUUAAAAAUUGUUGACCAAGUAUUUGAAAAUUUCAAAUAAGUAUUAAAUUUUUUGAAUAAUUAUAAAAAAAUGUGGAUGAGUAUUUGAAAAAUGUUUAACAAGUAUUUUAAAAAUAUUGAAUAAGUAUUAAAAAUAUUAAAUACGCAUUCAGACAAUGUUGGAUGUGCAUAAAAAAUGUUGAUCACUUAUUAAAAAUGUUUUGACUUACACAAAAAUUUAGAUUGAAAACAAAAACAAACAUAAUAAAGAACAAAAAAUAAAGAGAAAAAACAAAAAAAUGGAGAA